CCACUGCGCUCCAUCGCCUCUCAUGCUUACUCACAGGAACCAACCUCUUCGCGAUGUCCAUGAAGGCGGAUUUUUAUUCAUUCCUGGGUUAAACGGCUAUGUAGCGGAGACUAUGGACUUUGUUCGUGUAUAGUAAUGCGCGGUUUCUGUUGUAAGAAAACAAACAAGCUUAGCUGUCUGUCGUUGCUAUGGAGAGCCUGCGCCUGUCGGGCCGGGCCGGGUAGAGUAGGCCCGAGCAGCGCCUGCGUGCUAGAGUUGCGCCUCAAACCGGAGGAAGGAACACCAAGAGCGGACUACUCACACACAAAUAACCGAAGACUGCACUUGCACCACAAGACUAAAUUAUUAGCAAACAGACUCUGCUGAUGUUCCCAACAUAAGGAUAGCUGGUUUUGGGGUUGCCCUAAAACUGCUCUAUGGGGAUAAAGAAGUUAAAUCAUUUAAAGUGUAUUAUUUGAAAUUGGACAAUUGUGAGAACUAGAGAACAUGCCUCCAAGGCCAUCGUCUGGAGAAUUAUGGGGCAUCCAUUUGAUGCCCCCCAGGAUUUUGGUGGACUGUUUGCUGCCCAAUGGCAUGAUCCUAACCCUGGAGUGCCUCCGUGAGGCCACACUUAUUACCAUCAAACAUGAACUGUUUAAGGAAGCACGAAAGUUCCCGCUCCACCACCUGUUGCAAGAGGAAGCCUCAUACAUCUUCGUCAGCGUAACACAGGAAGCUGAGCGGGAAGAGUUUUAUGAUGAGACCAGGAGACUCUGUGAUCUCAGGCUCUUCCAGCCUUUUUUAAAAGUCAUCGAGCCUGUGGGAAACAGAGAGGAGAAAAUUCUCAACCGGGAAAUUGGUUUUGCAAUUGGCAUGCCUGUGUGCGAGUUUGAUCUAGUGAAGGAUCCUGAAGUGCAGGACUUCAGGCGAAAUAUACUUAAUGUCUGCAAAGACUCCGUAGAACUCCGAGAUGCCAAUGGGUCCCAUAGUCGUGCAUUAUAUGUUUACCCUCCCAAUGUGGAGUCUUCACCAGAGCUUCCAAAGCACAUUUUUGGCAAAUUAGACAAAGGUCAGAUUAUCGUGGUCAUCUGGGUUAUUGUGUCACCCAACAAUGACAAACAGAAGUACACACUGAAGAUCAACCACGACUGUGUACCUGAGCAGGUGAUAGCAGAAGCCAUCAGGAAAAAGACUCGCAGCAUGCUGUUGACUGCCGAGCAGCUGAAGAUGUGUGUGCAGGAAUACCAGGGCAAGUACAUCCUCAAAGUGUGUGGCUGUGACGAGUACCUGCUGGAAAAGUACCCUAUCAGUCAGUAUAAGUAUGUGAGGAGUUGCAUUAUGCUGGGCCGAAUGCCAAACCUAAUGCUGAUGUCAAAGGAUAGCUUAUAUUCUCAGCUGCCCAUGGACACGUUCACCAUGCCUUCAUACUCACGCCGCAUCUCCACAGCCACACCAUAUAUGAAUGGGGAAGCCUCAAGCAAAUCUCUGUGGACCAUCAAUAGCAACUUGAGGAUACGUGUGCUCUGUGCAACAUACGUCAAUGUAAACAUCCGGGACAUUGAUAAGAUUUAUGUCCGGACAGGGAUCUACCAUGGAGGAGAGCAGUUGUGUGACAAUGUCAACACGCAACGUGUGCCAUGUUCAAACCCAAGGUGGAAUGAGUGGCUUAUGUAUGACAUGUACAUUCAUGACAUUCCCCGAGCUGCACGUCUUUGUCUGUCCAUCUGUUCUGUGAAGGGGAGGAAGGGCGCAAAAGAGGAACACUGUCCGCUGGCUUGGGGAAAUGUAAACCUUUUUGACUACACGCAUACACUGGUCUCUGGGAAAAUGGCACUGAACCUGUGGCCAGUGCCACACGGCCUAGAGGAUCUGCUCAACCCCAUCGGUGUCACAGGCUCCAACCCCAACAAGGAAACCCCAUGUCUGGAGUUAGAAUUUGACUACUUCAGCUGUCCUGUGAAGUUCCCUGACAUGGCCACGAUAGAGGAUCAUGCUAAUAAGAUCAUGUCCAGGGAGAUGGGAUACAAUUACUUUCAAUCUGGACAGAGCAGCAGACAGGCUCGAGACCACCAUAUAAUGGACACUGAUAUCGAGCAGCUGCGGCAAGUAGCAAAUAGAGAUCCACUUUCUGAGAUCACUGAGCAGGAAAAGGACUUCUUGUGGAGACACAGGCAGUAUUGUAAAAAUAUACCAGAUAUUCUUCCUAAGAUUCUCCUUGCUGUAAAGUGGAACUCCAGAGAUGAAGUUGCACAGAUGUAUUGUCUUCUUAAAGACUGGCCCGCAAUAAAACCAGAGCAAGCCAUGGAGUUACUUGAUUGCAACUAUCCAGAUCCAAUGAUCCGAGACUUUGCAGUACGGUGCCUUGAGAAAUAUUUAACUGAUGAUAAACUCUCCCAGUACCUUAUUCAGUUGGUCCAGGUUUUGAAGUAUGAGCAGUAUCUUGAUAACGCCUUAGUGCGAUUUCUGCUGAAGAGAGCUCUGACCAACCAGAGGAUUGGACAUUUUUUUUUUUGGCAUUUGAAGUCAGAGAUGCACAACAAGACGGUGAGCCAGCGUUUCGGCCUGCUGCUGGAGUCAUACUGCCGUGCCUGUGGUAUGUAUCUGAAACACUUGAGCAGACAGGUGGAGGCCAUGGAGAAACUCAUCAACCUCACAGACAUACUCAAGCAGGAGAAGAAGGAUGAGACUCAGAAGGUGCAGAUGAAGUUUUUGGUGGAGCAGAUGAGGAGGCCAGAUUAUAUGGAUGCCCUUCAAAACUUCACCUCGCCAUUGAAUCCAGCCCACCAGCUCGGCAACCUACGGCUUGAAGAUUGCAGAAUCAUGUCAUCAGCCAAGAGGCCACUGUGGCUUAACUGGGAAAACCCUGAUAUCAUGUCAGAGCUUCUCUUCCAGAACAAUGAGAUCAUCUUUAAGAAUGGGGAUGACCUGAGGCAAGAUAUGUUGACACUUCAAAUCAUUAAAAUAAUGGAGAACAUCUGGCAAAACCAGGGGUUAGACCUCAGAAUGCUUCCCUAUGGCUGCUUGUCCAUUGGAGACUGUGUGGGCCUUAUUGAAGUUGUGAGAAGUUCUCAUACCAUCAUGCAAAUUCAGUGUAAAGGCGGUCUCAAAGGAGCAUUGCAGUUCAACAGCUCUACCCUGCACCAGUGGCUGAAGGAUAAGAACAAGGGCGAGACGUAUGAUAUGGCCAUUGACCUGUUCACACGAUCCUGUGCUGGUUAUUGUGUGGCCACUUUUAUUUUGGGCAUUGGUGACCGUCACAACAGUAACAUCAUGGUAAAGGAUGAUGGACAGCUGUUUCACAUAGAUUUUGGCCACUUCCUUGAUCAUAAAAAGAAGAAGUUUGGUUACAAGAGAGAGCGAGUUCCAUUUGUCUUAACUCAAGACUUCUUGAUUGUGAUUAGCAAAGGAGGAACUCAAGAAUGCACUAAAACGAGGGAGUUUGAGAGGUUUCAGGAGAUGUGCUACAAGGCAUACCUUGCUAUCCGACAGCACGCCAACCUCUUUAUCAAUCUGUUCUCAAUGAUGCUGGGCUCCGGCAUGCCAGAGUUGCAGUCGUUUGACGACAUUGCUUACAUCCGCAAAACGCUGGCACUAGAUAAGACUGAGCAGGAGGCUCUGGACUACUUCAUGAAGCAAAUGAACGAUGCUCACCAUGGUGGAUGGACCACAAAGAUGGACUGGAUCUUCCACACCAUUCGACACCAUGCCCAGAACUGAGCCCAGAUGAAAGGCGCUCGAGCUAGGAUAGGACCGCUUACAUGGAACCUACUGGCCUAUCUUUGCUAGUCAAAACAUAGCAGCCAGACCUCAAAGUGGGGCAAAAAAUGCCUCCAACUGAACUUCAGAGCACUAAACAAUCCAAAAUGAUUUUCUUCUGUUUCAGUCUCCUUUUUGGCAUCCAUACAGAAGAAUACUAACCCUAAUCUUUGUCCAGAAUGGUUGUACAUUGUUGCCUGUAGUUUUUUACUGAUGUCCUUUUUUUUUUUUUUCAAGUUUGUUCUUGCUGCUCUUUUCCUGCAGAGACCAUGGUUAUUUUAUUUUAGUUCAAAAUUUCUUUUGAGAAAAUACAAAGUUAACGGGAAGCGUUCUUUACUUUUCGAGCACUCUUUGGAUUAUUCAUGUCUUCCUCCAAGUACAAAUGCCUUUAUAUAUGCAUGGAACCUCUGAGGAGCUCGUAGAUUAAACAGGGUAGAAAUUGUCUGUCGGUCUGCGUCCUGAAGGAUGGUUUCUGUAGCAAAUGUAGAGGAGUUGGCAUUUCCCGUAGUCUUGCAUAAACACUUGCCUCUUGCAAACUAUUGCCCUUGAUCACUACAAACGUGUUUUUUUUUUUUUUUAAUUAAUGCUUCUCCAUUUCUUUCAUUACCAUACAUUAAUGCUGGGCUAGAGUGAAUUUGACGUUUGAAUAGGAGGUAUAAUUUAUUUUGCCCCAAUUAUGAGUUUAGAGGAGGAAUAUUUAGCCUUGUUACAUAUACAAGUUCAGCCAUUAAACACUAAAAAGAAAUAUUGUGCAACUGGUCCAAAAGCUACACAGUGGCCCUCACUGAUUAUGCAUUUUCAUUACUUCGAUAUACAACCCGGAUUCCCAAAUAGUUGGGACAAAGUACAAAUUGUAAAUAAAAACGGAAUGCAAUGAUGUGGAAGAUUCAAAAUUCCAUAUUUUAUUCAGAAUAGAACAUAGAUGACAUAUCAAAUGUUUAAACUGAGAAAAUGUAUCAUUUAAAGAGAAAAAUUAGGUGAUUUUAAAUUUCAUGACAACAACACAUCUCAAAGUUGGGACAAGGCCAUGUUUACCACUGUGAGACAUCCCCUUUUCUCUUUACAACAGUCUGUAAACGUCUGGGGACUGAGGAGACAAG